AGUUAUUUUUCUUUGUGCACGUGUGCGGUUAAAGAAUGUUUUUUUUAAACUGCACGUGUCGUUUUUUUACCCUGAAAUAUAAACAACUCGCGAGAAUAACUCGAGAGGUUCUGGGGCAGUCAAAGUUAGUCGAGGUUGUGUAAGAGAGACGAGGGCCUGGGAGGAUGUUCUGCAGGAAACUUUCCCCAUGGAGAUGUUUGGGGCGGUGGGUGUCGGCGACGGGCAUGAGGGAGAGCAGGGCCAGCAGCUCUGGCUGCAGACUGGACCUGGCUGGUAUCUACCCCCCUAUAAGCACCCCAUUCAACCCGGGGGGCGAGGUGGACUAUCAGAAACUGGAGAGCAACGUUCACAAGUGGAGCCAGAUCCCCUUUAGAGGGCUGGUUGUGCAGGGCUCCAAUGGGGAAUUUGUCUACCUGAGUGGCCAGGAGCGGGUCGAGGUUGUCCGCAGGGUGAGGCAGGUGCUCCCUCAGGAGAUGCUUCUGGUGGCCGGAUCGGGAUGUGAAUCCACGGAGGCCACUGUGACGAUGACACAGAAGAUGGCGGAUGCAGGCACGAGUGCGGUGUUGGUCAUCACUCCAUGUUACUACAGGGGCCGCAUGAACAGUGCUGCCUUCAUCCACCACUACACACGGGUAGCGGAUGCCUCGCCCGUGCCGGUCGUCCUGUACAGUGUCCCAGGCAACACGGCUUUGGAGCUGCCAGUGGAUGCCAUCGUCACUCUCGCACAACACCCCAACAUUGUCGGCCUGAAGGACAGCGGCAACGACGUUACAAGAAUGGCACUGAUUGUUCACAAAACUCGGGAGCAGGAUUUCCAGUUGCUGGCUGGAUCUGCGGGAUAUCUCCUUGCCGCUUACUCAAUAGGUGCUGUGGGUGGGGUGUGCGCUUUGGCUAAUGUUCUCGGACAGCCACUGUGCAAUCUGGAGAAGCUUUGCCUGACUGGAAAGUGGAAGGACGCCCAGGAACUUCAGUACAGGCUGAUCGAGCCAAACGCAGCGAUUACACGCAAGUUUGGUAUCGCAGCCCUGAAGGAAGCGAUGGAAUGGUUUGGAUAUUACGGAGGCUCCUGCCGAACUCCGCUCUUACCCCUAACAGAAGCAGAGAGGGGGGAGUUACGGAAUGACUUCACAUCCAACGGCUGGCUGUAACCUUGUCCACCGGCACUCUCUGCAAUCUUGGGAUUCAGAAAGAAUUAUGCUUCCACUUUACUUGAAAACAUCAAUCUACUAAUUCCAUAAUCAAGUGCACUUCAUCUCCUCUCAACUCCCUAAACCAUUGCUCCUACCAACCCUCGACUUUGUCUGCAAAGUGGAGAAUUACCACACUGCAGUUAGUUUAAUUGCAUAUUAAUUCCAGCAUCAAAAUAAAACCAUACAGCGCAGGAACAUUUAUGGCGGCGCAGUCGCAGAGUUGCUGCCUCACAGCACCUCACGAUCUGUACGGAGUUUGCACGUUCUCCCGUGUGGGUUUUCUCCGUGUGCUCCGGUUUCCUCCCGCACUCCAAAGAUGUGCAGGUUUGUAGCUUAAUUGACUUCGGUAAAAUUAUAAAUUGUCCCUUGUGUGUAGGAUGGUGCUAGUGUGCGGGAUGAUCACUGGUCUGUGUGGGACGCAGAGCCUGUUUCCACGCUGUAUCUCUAAACUAAAAAUGGCAAUGCUGCACUUAUUUGCAAGAAUUUCUGAAGGUUUAAAUGUUAAAUGGAGGAAGUGUACGGGGAACCUUAUUCUGUUCCAACCCAUUGGCAAGAAUAAGGGAGCAAGUUCUGUGAUAAUCCCUUUAGUAUAUUCAUCCCAUUGUAAACAAUUUAUAUCAGCACCUCUGACCCACUGAAGGAUAGAGAUUCUACACAGAAAAGAAUGGCAAAAAGAUAGAAAAGUCAUUUAUAGAGCCCACAUUUAUUGCAUUAUUUGAACAAACCAGUUUGUAAUCACAACAAAUAUUUAAUCGCACUUGAAAAAUAAGACUUUAAUAAAAAGGCAGCCCAUGUAAGAAUGUGACAUUAAUACAAUUCCAGGAGAUUAUUGUCCCUUAUUCGUUAAGUGUGCAAGAAAAUACACGAUUCUUCACAGAUACUGAAGGCGUAAAAAUAAAUAGUCAAGUAAUUGGAAAGCA